ACCUUGAUGAUUUGAGCCAUCUCUGUUUAUAUAAUCCAGCAGUUCUUAGAAUAAUUGACAAACACUGGCUUCCAAAUUGCCUCAACUGCUAAAAACCAAUUUUGUAUUCCAAGUUUUUUUAUGCACAAUUUUAAAAAGCACCAGAGUCGUUUUUUUUUUUUUAAUUCAAAUAUCUAUUGCAACUAGCCUACAUUUUCGGUGAAGUUAUUCAGGAACCCCUCCUGGACAUUUCCCCCUUGGAUUUCCGGUGCUGUAUUUUCACCUGCAGCCCUGAAAACCACCUGGAUCAUGAGCCAAAAGAGGCAGGUUGGAGUGAACAUCCUCUUCUUCCUUCCUCUUCCGUCGCGGUGGAAGACAAAGGGCGACGGGGAGAAAGAAGAUACCAUGAAGAAACGAUACGUGGACGCGAGCAGGCUCCGAAAGAUGAAGAAAUUGAAAAUAAGCGAGAGGCUGUCUGAAAGCGCUUACACCUUCCUGAAAUUUAUAGCCACGUGGAUGUUGGUGCUACUGGCCGAUUUCCUUUUGGAAUUUCGUCUCGAAUACCUGUGGCCAUGCUGGCUCUUCUUUGGGAGCGUGUACACAACCUUCCAUUGCCACGGGCUGGUUAUUUGUGUCGUUUUUGUAUGCGCCGCCUUCACACUUGACAUCUUUUGUUUGAUUUUUGUUCCUCUGCACUGGCUUUUCUUUGUGGCCAGCACUUACGUGGUAUUCAAUUAUAUUUGGCACACAGAGAAGGGCAUUUGCAUCUCCACGGUGUCCUUGUGGAUUUUUCUUGUGUACACAGAGGCUUCACUUCGACUCAAAGACCUUAAAACCUCUCAUGCUAAUCUUUCUCAUCUCUUUGCUGCUCACUGCAUUGGAUAUCCAGUGGUGUAUUUGGGCUUUGACGCCACCUGCUACUUCACCAACAUCUUCAAGUUGCGUAUUCAGAAAGCCGUGCAGAGCGACAACGACUUCCACAUGCACCUGCUGCAGCAUUCGCUCCCGCCGGGUUCGCCGCUCUACCCCAGGACGACAGUUGACAAUGGCUCCUCCAGAUGGAAGUCAAAGUCUGAGUCCAGUCAGUACCAGUAUCAGAACGGUGCUGUUCUCCCUCAAGACGAGUCCAGCACCAUAGACUGCCUCCAGAUCUGCAGCGAGGAGCGAGUGGUUGAAAAGGCGACUCAGGAAAUACGUUCAGCUGAACCCAAUCGCAAGCUGUUGUUGUCCAAAGGCAGCUCCAGUGAGUCCAGAGAGGCCCUCCGCAAUGGAUUAGAAUCCUCCACAACCCCAGAAAAAUUACCUCUGGAGGAGCAGGCCAGCAAAGCUGCACGUGCAGUCAAGAAUUUAUCACCCAAAGUCCGACGAGCAAACGCGGCCACGCUCUCGCCUCCUGCAGGCAGGAUGGAGAAGAAACAACGCUCCGGUGGGAAAACAGUCAGCCCCAUCCGGGAUGGACCAGACAAAAGUGCUGCGGUGGCUCCAAAUCAACAUGCUGAGCAGCUGAGCAGGCUGGAGCAGGAACUGAGGAAGUUGAGAGGCGAGCUGCAGGUGAGCCGACAUGGCGAGCAGGAGCUGAGGAGUCACAUCUGCAACCUGACCAACAGCGAGAGGAGCCUCAGGCCCGAAGUGGCCCUGUUGCGACAGUCCAACAUGCUACUGCAAAGCAAAAUAAUGUGCUUGAACAAAACCAAGCAGCGGGACAAGCAGACCAGCGCCAUGCUGGAAAAGAAGACCCGGGCGGAGACGGAGGCCAGGCUCUCGCUGGAGAGGCAGGUGGCCGAGCUUCUGGUGCACAGACCCGACGAGGCGGCCGGCGUGGCCAGGACCAUGACCACCAGCAGGCAGGAAAACAGUGAAAGCCAAAUGUUAAGGAAACGAGUUAAAGAUCUGGAAGCCGAGUACAAGCAACUGCAGCUGCAGUAUCAAGUCCAAGAGAGCCGUGUGCUCGAUCUAGAAAGUGAUGUGGAGGCUUUUGGGAAGUACCGCGUCGUCGAAAAGGAUACGGAUUUGCUCCUGUCCACUCUGUCGGCCCUUCAGGACAAGGCUCAGCAUUUGGAGUACAACCUGAGCGCCGAGACACGCAUCAAGUUGGACCUGUUCUCGGCACUCGGGGAUGCUCGCAGACAGCUGGAGAUCGCUCAAGACAAGCUGUUGAGGCAGGACAAAGAAAUCAGCAGCAUGAAACAGAAGAUUGCCGAGGUGAUGGCGGUGAGCCCCGGCGUGACCUACGUGACCCCUCGGCCACCCGUGCCUCAGUACCUCACCAAGCUUCUCAGCUCAGAGCGCUACAUGCUCAACCCGCGCGCUCUCAUGUACCAGUGUCUGAAGAAGUAGACACCAGCACCUCCGUGUGAGGAGGAGGGAGAGACGGGCUGGACAAGAUAUGUCAGCUGUCGUCAUGUUGUCUGCCUCAAGCCCGAAGAGGACUCUAAGCGGCCUCCACUCGGCAAAAUGCCUUGGGAGCUGCACAACCGGUGCUAAUAGGACAUCCCACUCGACAAAGCUUAAUCGGUCAAUGGUGCGAAUCCAACGCAGGGGUACCAUUGGUCCAUGCAUGUAAGUCAGCUCAUGUUUUUGCUUAAUUUUCCAUUUGGCUCUUUGGAGCAGUCACUCUUUUGCCAUGAUUGGAA